UGUCUGUUUAUUUUUUCUCACUAAUAAAAAAUUUUAAAAUAAGAAAAGGAGAAUGGUACUAUUGUUAUUUUGAGCUAUAAAAUAAAAAGAAAAAGAAAAACCGAACCGGAUAGCUUUAGCUGGUGGCUGUUGGUGGUGGACGCGGCGGCGGCUGGGGUUUUGGUCUGGGUUUUGCGGAACUGGAACUCGAGUGGAGGUCGGACGGAGAGCGGAGGAGGGUGGAAAUGGAGAUCAAUUUUGAUUUUUUUUCGUUUUUUUGAGUAGUUUCUUAGUUGAGUAUACAGUAAAGAGUAAAGAAUUGUACAUCAUUUUGGGAUUUGGGAUUUGGGUGGGUUGGUUUUGCGUCUUGGUGGUGGUGGUGGUGGUAUAAUUGUUAAUUGAGAUUUGAAAUUAAUGGGGGCGAGCAGCGAUCCGAACCAGGAAGGGUCGGACGAGCAGCAGAAACGUUCGGAGAUCUACACGUACGAAGCCCCGUGGCACAUCUACGCGAUGAACUGGAGUGUCCGGCGAGACAAGAAGUACCGCCUGGCCAUCGCCAGCCUCCUGGAGCAGUACCCGAACCGAGUGGAAAUCGUGCAGCUGGACGACUCCAACGGCGAGAUUCGGUCGGACCCAAACCUGUCCUUCGAGCAUCCCUAUCCCCCCACCAAAACCAUCUUCAUCCCGGACAAGGAGUGCCAGAAGCCCGACCUCCUCGCCACCUCCAGCGACUACCUCCGCGUCUGGCGCAUCUCCGACGACUCCGUGGAGAUCAAGAGCCUCCUCAACGGCAACAAAAACAGCGAGUUCUGUGGGCCCCUCACAUCCUUCGACUGGAACGAGGCUGAGCCCAAGCGCAUCGGCACCUCCAGCAUCGACACCACCUGCACCAUCUGGGACAUCGAACGCGAGGCGGUCGACACCCAGCUCAUCGCCCACGACAAGGAGGUUUACGACAUCGCCUGGGGCGGCGUUGGCGUUUUCGCCUCCGUCUCCGCUGAUGGCUCUGUUAGGGUUUUCGACCUCCGCGAUAAGGAGCACUCCACCAUCAUCUACGAGAGCUCCGAGCCCGACACCCCCUUGGUCCGCCUCGGCUGGAACAAACAGGACCCUAGGUACAUGGCCACCAUCAUCAUGGACAGUGCUAAGGUCGUUGUGCUUGACAUUCGCUUCCCGACUCUCCCUGUCGUCGAGUUGCAGAGGCACCAGGCCAGCGUCAAUGCCAUUGCUUGGGCCCCUCAUAGCUCUUGCCACAUCUGCACCGCCGGCGAUGACUCUCAGGCCCUCAUCUGGGAUCUUUCCUCCAUGGGACAGCCCGUCGAGGGUGGCCUCGACCCCAUCCUUGCUUACACUGCUGGGGCAGAGAUUGAGCAGCUUCAGUGGUCCUCUUCUCAGCCUGAUUGGGUUGCCAUUGCCUUCUCCACUAAGCUUCAGAUACUCAGGGAAAUCCUCCUCGCAAUUGGAACAAUCUACCACUCUAUUAUGCAUUUUGUCAUCCCAUUCCUAAUGCCUGGUUUUGCGUGCUAACCUCUAGUCAUUUGUUUACUUUCUUACCCACCUGUUUUGCUCAGCUUCUGCUUUACUAUCUCUAUCUUGCUUAUUGUUGGCCUCGUUGUACUAACAAAAGAAAACAUCUCAAAAGUUACUUAACGGAACUCAAUUGUACUCUGAACAAAUCACCUCUUAAAUGGCUUCGCAAUUGCUCACUUGAUAGUUUUAGAAUUUUGACAAGGAUGAUAACUGAAUGAAUUUCUUUGUUUGUAGAAAGCUUCAUAUGCUUUAAAAGUUUGAACUGUAUAUCUAGUAGGUUUAUAUUAUGUUUCCAUGUUGUCAUUUAACAGAUAGUAAUCUGCAAAUUGAACAGAGUAUUCCUUUAUUAAACAAUUAAUAAUAUGCUUAACAGACAGUAUAAGGUCUUGGCAAGCAUAUAAACUUAGUGAA